AUGGUCCAAGAUGGCGCCCUUCAGGGACGGAAGGGAGUCUUCCCAGAUGCCCGACUAGACCCGGUGAUCCAGAUUGCCAAUAUGGUCACCGCCCAUGGUUCCAUGGUCCCUUUCAUUCGGAACGUCUUCACCCUCAAUAGUUGCUCCCAUAUCGCAGGCAGUCAGGUCUUGGAAUUCAAAUCAGAAGAUCAGCCUCUCCUCGAUCGCGCCAAGGCUUUGAAAGUGGCAUCAUUUCCUUAUCUCGGUAGGAUGCGAAAUUCUCAAACAGCAGUCAAGGAGACUCACUUUUCAUCAAAAGCCUAUGGGACUCGUGAUUCCAAAGAAACUCGUCUAGACGGACGUCUCCAACUGGACUUACUACAGGUGGGUGAUCAUCCUUUGUCAAGUGUAUCUCGCGAAACCAAUCUGCUAACUCACUCGAUGGACAAUGUGCAGGUGAGCAGAAAGAGGACGUUCAUCAUUCGAUCAUUACCGACUUACAAAAUGGUAGUGCGGAGACCAGGCGACGUCUCGCCGACGCUUAUUUGGAGGGUUCCAUUCAACUACCUAUUAUCUCGAGGCCAGCAGAUCAAGGUAGUUUCCCAGCUCUAUCGAAGGGCCAACGAGCAUUCUUAUCUCGUACCUACACUCAAGCAUGAAGGCUCCGAUGAGCCUUACGACGGAGCAACGGUCAUGGAGCCUGUCCGGGGCUUCUACGACGUGCCGAUCGCGACUCUCGAUUUUGCAUCCCUUUAUCCAUCGAUCAUGAUGGCCCACAACCUCUGCUACACCACUUUGACAGACGUUAAAACGCCGAUUGAAACUUGUGUUGGUCUCAAUCGUUUGUUAGAUUAUUUUGUCAAGGCAUCCAAGCGGAAAGGUCUUCUGGCGAUCGUCCUUGAAGACCUUCUGUCGGCCCGGAAGCGCGCAAGGGCCGAGUUGAAGCUGGAGACGGACCCGUUCAAGAGGGCCGUCUUGGAUGGACGACAGCUGUCAGCCUCUAUGCUACUAACCUGUAAGGGUUGUGCUCUGAGUGUUAACAAGUAUG